AAAGCUUCAUACACAGGACACACUCUCUGCUGCACAGCUUCAGCUGAGUGUGUGUCCAUCGGCUGCCACAGAUUUUAGCUGUGAAGGAAACCCUUCGAGGAUUACAAUCAGGAAACAAUUUCCUGGAGUUAUCGUUUUUAUAAAUUGGAUUAAGACAUCUGGAGCCCCAGAGACGUGUGGGUGGGGAGCGGUCUUGAAUGGAUGAAUAAGUACUCAAGGAUGACGGGAUAAAAGCUUCCAGCAGUGAUUGCUGCUCAGAUCCUCGUGAGGUAUCUGAAGGAGCGUUGACUCACUGCAGGUGUGAACGUCUUCGUUUCUCUCUGAGGUCGAGGAAGACUCAGAGGAAACCUGAUGACACAGCUGCAGCACCUGAAACUGCUUUCCAUCCUCCAAGUUUACAACUUCAAAGCGCAGACUGAUCCUCCGCAGGGGAAUUGUUUGUCUAUAUUCAAAACACACAGUAUCAUUAUGCCCUCACUCUCAUUAUCUCUGUUUCUGCUGCUGCACAGCAGAGAGGUGAGAGAGAUCAGAGGGUGAGGAGGUUUUUUUUUUUCUUCUAGAUUAGAGAAAGAAAGAGGGAGAGAGGAAAGCAAAGGGGGGAGGGAGAGUAAACAGGCAGUUAAAGGCAGUAAACACAUCCCAGCUCUCUUCUAAACACAUCAGGCAUAAAUCAGCGCUGCAUUUGUCUGUGCCGCCUCUGAAGCAGUCUGGGGACAAACUGGACCAAGUAGGGGACACUGUGUUUGCCCGCCUGGAUUCACUGGAGGAAAUACAGCCUGAAUAAAGUUUGUGAGUAAAAACUUUGACUCACCAGCAGAGAAGAAGAAACCAGAGCUAACCGCAGCCAUGGCCUCAGACGUCUCCUACAGCUUCCCUUGCGUUUGCACCAAGAGGGAACAGCAGCACCUCUUCCUUCAGCAGCAGACCAGAUCCACCUCCGGACCCCACUGGCCUCUCCUCCACCCCAGGACCCUGCUCCUCCUGCCCCUGCUCCUCCUGCUCUUCCUCUCCCUGUGGAGCCAGCAGGCUGAGGCUGUGGUCCACUCCAGCUUCAGGCGGCUCAGCGGCCGCGAGAAGAAGGAGAUGCAGAAGGAGAUCCUGUCCAUCCUGGGUCUGCCUGGACGACCCAGACCCCACCCGCCCCUACGACCCCCCUCCUCUGCACCGCUCUUCAUGCUGGACCUCUACCACGCCAUGUCAGCUGAUGGGGAGGAUGAAGGGAAUGAAAUAAUCGUUAACGGGCCUGGCAUGGGGAAGUUUGGAGGGGCAGAAAGGUUGGCUCAGGUCAACCACGCCGCCCUGCCAACCCUCAGCACACACACUCCGCCGCUGGGGACGGUGGUCAGCGAGGCCGACACCGUGAUGAGCUUCGUCAACCUGGUGGAGCAGGAGCGCGACCUCCUGCAGCCUCGUCCGUACUGGAAGGAGUUCCGCUUCGACCUGACGCCCCUCCCUCAGGGUGAGACGGUGACAGCAGCAGAGUUCCGUAUCUAUAAGACCCUGACGAUGGGCCAGAGGGCAAACCGCACCCUGCACAUCUCCGUCUACGAGAUCCAGCGAGAGAACCGACACAGAGAGCCAGAGCUGGUGCUGCUGGACAUGCAGUCUGUGCCUGCAGGACAGGAGGGCUGGCUGGCCUUCGAUGUCACCUCUGCCUCCAACCACUGGCUCCUCCACCCCCGCAGCAACCUGGGCAUCCGUCUCUAUGUGGAGACUGAGGAGGACCGCUCACUGUCUGCAGGCUGGAUUGGGUUGGUGGGUCGCAGGGGUCCUCGCUCCAAACAGCCCUUCAUGGUGACCUUCUUCAGGGAGAGCCAGGUCCCUUGUCGGCCGCCGCGAGCUGUCAAGCCUCACCCCCGCAAGAAGAAACCCAAAUACGACCUCCCUGUCCCCAGCAUCCAUAAUCGGAGUCCUGCAAACAACGGAGGUCAACCCUGUAAAAAACAUGAACUCUACGUCAGCUUCAGUGACCUGGGAUGGAAGGACUGGGUUUUGGCCCCAACUGGAUAUUCAGCCUACUACUGUGAUGGAGAGUGUUUUUACCCUCUGGGCUCCUGCAUGAACGCCACCAACCACGCCCUCAUCCAGCAAGUGGUCAGUACAGUGAUGACACACCCAUGUGACACUGUUGCUUCAUCCUGGAAACACUCAGGACAGGAUCAGACUUUUCCAUUAGAAAGUGUACAAGUAGAAGAAGAAAAAGCAGCUAAAACAGUAACAUGUACAGUGUUCACCUUUAAGACUCUGAUACUAUCAUACAUUACAGUACAAUACUUGUAUACUUUUACACAAGUAGGAUUUUAAGGACUUAAAAUAGAGUAUUUUUACAUUGUUGUAUUGGUACUUUUACUUAAGAAAAUGAUCUAGUUAAGGUUACUACAGAAUUGAAGUUAAAUACCUAAAUAGUAAAUAGAUUUUUUUACUCUAUA